AUGGACGACGAGGCGCCCGCUCCGGAUAUUUCUGCCGUGCAGUUUGACGAGCAGAACUGCGCAAUAUGCCUCGAGCCAGUAUCGGACCGCUGCGUCCUUCCGCGGUGUUUUCACUCGUGCUUUUGCUUCCAUUGCAUUGUAGAAUGGAUCGAUACCCAGCUAACCAAAAAGACGUGCCCCCUCUGCGUCACGCCACUCGGUCCCUAUAUCCUGCAUAACCUCGAUCCGACCGUGCACAAGUUUGCACUGCAUUAUGUGACGGACAAGCCGCCGCCGCAGCCCGACUCGGAACCAGACGAAGAGGUGGAAGAGGACGAGGCGCCCGGCCGCCCAGCCGUCCCCUGCACGGAUCCCCGCACGAAUCUCGAAAAUCUGCGCCGGCGCGAAGAGCAGAGACACCGGCGUAAGAUGAACCAAGCGCUUGAAAAGCGGCGGCGUAUCUACCGCCACCAAUCCUACGCGAAACACGUCGCGUCGAAUCGGUAUACCAAGUACCGGCCCUACCCCGGCCCGGCAGGUUUCCGGGCGAACCCCACCUAUGCGCGGCUGCUGUCCGUCUUUUUGCAGCGCGAGCUGCAAGUGUGGCCGCACCUUGAUAUCCCCUUUCUCUCGUUCUAUAUCCCUGCGCUCCUGUCCCACGUGGACGUGCGCUCCGACGCGGUGAAAGAGCGCCUUACCGAGUGGAUUGGCAAUGCGAAUGAUGCGCAGCAUCUCGUGCACGAGAUCGAGAUGUUUGUGCGCAGCGGCCGCGGAGGCCUCGGCCUCGACCAGUACGACAGCAGUCCUUGGGUGCAGUACGACGAACCGAGCGUGGCUCGGGCUAUGUAA